GUCGUACAGCUGCAGUACUUCCGGUGUGUGUCGCGCUAGCAGCGAUCGUUACACAGCAGCUUUGAGUGAUUAACUGUGAUAAAUCGUCUAACAUGGCCACAUUCUUCGGUGAAGUCGUGUCUGUGUACUCGAGAGCUGUAGAAGAGGAUGAGUAUGAUGAUAUGACGAAUGAAGACGAGGAAGAUGAGCAGAUCCGCCGCGAAAUAGAGGAGAAGAGGUCAGUGGAUGUUCAUUGGCUCUCUCAGACAGGAGGCGGAGCUGUGGCGUGUUCAGAUCUGAUCAUCGCUGGGGGUCUGAACGCCACCGGCUUCGUCUCUGCGUAUGUGCUGAGCUCGGGUGGAUGGACGCCGCUGGCGUGGAUCUCUCUGUGGAACGAGCGGAGCCCUGGAUCCAGACGAGCAGACACGGCCCCGGGCCCCGGAGAACCGUCCUGUGUCCUGUACCAGCAGAACCACAACCCUUCUGUGCUGAUAUGCCAGUGCUCCUGUUACGUGGCUGAAGACCAGCUCUUCCAGUGGACGGAGAAGGUGAUGAGCUGUGUCCAGACCAGGGAUCUGACCGUGACCGUCCUCUCUGACUGCAGUGCAGCUGAAUACAAGACCUCAGACUACCUGAGUGAGAGCAGCGUGCCCUUCCUGCGCUCUCUGAGGACCAGCACACACACGGGCCCCGUGUCCAGCCCGGCCCUCGAGCAGCCCAACAUCAGCACCGGCCUCGCUGCUGCAGUGCUCAGUCACUGUCAGGUUCAGCGGAUCCCUGCUGUUCUCCAUCAGUGCUACAGUGAUGUGCUCCAGCCGGACUCUCUCAGCAUGCAGAUGUACAGAGCGGCGGUGAGCGCAGUGCUGAAGCUGGAUCCGAGUCCCAGAGCAGACGUUCUGCAGAAGAUCACGCGAGUCAGCGAGCUUCAGAGCAACCUCUACACAUGAAGAAAGCACUUUAUACUGCUCUGCAUUUCUCAAUUAAAGAUGUGAUGUUGUUUUA